UCUUGAUGUAGUUCUCUUCCUGCUUCUCUGUCCUGGUUUCGCCUGAACAGCUGCAUCAGCUCUUGAUCCGACGAAAGACACAAUGUCACAUCAGACGGGCAUUCAAGCGGGUAAUGAUGUGAAAGACAUCUUUGCCAAAGCCAGGAAUGGAGACCAAUAUCGAGUCAUAAAGGUCGUCAUUGAGGCCGAGCAGCUGACUAUGGGCACCACCGGGAAAGCAUCAAAGAAGUGGGACCAGGAGUAUGAUUCCUUAGUUGUGCCCCUCCUGGAGGACGACGUGCCCUGCUAUGUUCUGUACCGGCUGGACUCCACCAACAACCAGGGCUACGAGUGGAUCUUCCUGGCCUGGUCACCAGACAACUCAACUGUGCGACAUAAAAUGUUAUAUGCUGCUACCAGAGCCACACUGAAGAAAGAGUUUGGGGGCGGGCACAUCAAGGAUGAGAUUUUCGGUAACACAAAGGACGAAAUGAAUCUGAGUGGAUACAGGAAAUAUCUGGCUGUCCAGGCUGCCCCCCUUCCCCUCACUGCUGCAGAGGAGGAACUGAGAAAGAUCAAACUGAAUGAGGUGCAGACGGACAUCAGCGUGGACACCAAGCAGCAGACUCUGCAGGGAGUGGCCUUCCCUAUCCACCAAGACGCUAUUGCAGCACUUGAACGUUUUAGGGACAAAAGAGUCAAUUACGUACAACUGGAAGUAGACGCUGAGAAGGAGCUGAUUCGGUUGUCCAACACUGAGCCAACAGAGUUGAAAGACCUGCCACUGAGAAUCCCUAAAGAAUCUGCACGUUACCACUUGUUCCUCUACAAACAUUCCCACGAAGGCGACUACCUAGAGUCCACAGUGUUCAUUUACUCCAUGCCCGGGUACAACUGUAGCAUCCGAGAGAGGAUGCUGUAUUCCAGCUGCAAAAACCCCUUGGUGGACAUGGUGGAGCACAACCUCCAGAUCGAGAUUGAGAAAAAGGUGAGACUAUCCAUCAUGAUCAUAUAUUAUGGCAUACAAAUCUUCGUACUUUUUUGUCACAAACUNUGCGGCGCACGCCCCUCUUCCCGGUGGGGCCUUUGGGCUUGGCGAAGGCCUGCUUGUGUGCAUGCUGCUUGGGAUGAACCUCUUCGUACAGGAAGUCACGGUGACUUCCUGUACGAAGAGGUUCAUCCCAAGCAGCAUGCACACAAGCAGGCCUUCGCCAAGCCCAAAGGCCCCACCGGGAAGAGGGGCGUGCGCCGCAUCACCCGACCCACCCCAGAGGGAGAGGAGAGAGAUUAAACAGACCUCAGCACCACCCACCUCCACCCCGAGCACGUUCCACAGUGGAACAUUCCUGCAAUGGGGGAAAUCAUAUUUGACACGCUUGUUUAAAAGAAUAAGACGACAACCUCAAACGCCCGUAAACAUCCCCAGAGACCCAACUAUGCACGCCAAGGACAACUGAGCAAUGACACACUUCAGAAUUUUCCAUUUGUAGCCUGCCAAAUGGAAGCAUAUUCAUAUAUGUUAGUGCAGUCACAACUAUUCACAAUGAUUUUAAAAGAGGCCCAAACAAAGUCAAAUGUGAGGUUUCCACAUUGUUGCCAGCUCUAAGACUUUACAAAGUGUCAAUGUGACUAAUGUGAACUUGCGCCAAUAUGAUAAAAAAAAAAACAUUCUGAGUUCACAUGCUUGAAUUCUUAACUUGCAUUCCUUAAGUCUGUGUCAAUUAAUGUUUUUGUGUCUAAUAUGUUGAAAUUGUCUCCUACUGUUUGCACAAUGAAGUGCUCCAAAGCAGAAAAAGUUAUCCCACUUGUGUCUAUUGAUUCCUUUUAACAGUGCAUUUUAUAUUUGGAAAAUUGACUUCUUUUUUGAUAUUACUGUGGUUUACAUGAAAAAAAUCAUCUGCUGAGAAACUUAUUUUUCUAUGCAAGUGCUGUAAAUGUACAUAUUGUAGCUGUGUGAUGCUAUAUGAUUAAGAAACAGUCUAGUCUGUUUUGGUGAUUGUCUGUGUUGGUGAGGAUCACAGUGGAAAGACCCAGUGCUUCCAGAAAUAUUCGAUCAGUACAUCUCAGAUUUCACUCAGAGGAAGCUACUCCAACUUUGCUGGUUCCCAAACAGGAGGGCAGCCGAGCAACCGGAUAGGAAAGGGAAUAAUAUACUUAUUACCUUGAUGAAAAUGUUGCCACAUCCACUGGUCUACUGAUUAAUAUUAGGCAAACUACUUAGCUCACCUCAUGUCUGAAGGAAAAAACACUUCCUGUAUAUUCAUACUUUGUCAUUCUAAUAGAAAAUAAAAUCAUGUUCGGUCUUA